AUGGCUACCGAGAUUCCAGCAGCAAAGCCUGUAUGUGGUGGUGGUGGAAUUAAUGGAAGCGAGGAGGAUUUCGAUAUUUCUCUGCACAUUGCUGCAAUCUUCUUGGUUCUUGGUGCGAGCGUGUUCGGCGCAGGAUUUCCGGUCAUGGCGAAGAAGGUCCGGUGGAUGAGAAUCCCGCCAAAGGUCUUCUUCUUCUGCAAGCAUUUCGGAACCGGAGUACUAAUUGCAACUGCUUUUGUCCACCUCCUCCCCACCGCAUUUCUAUCUCUUUCGAACCCCUGUCUUCCGGAUAUUUUCAUAAAGAACUACCCUCCAAUGCCUGGUGUUAUCAUGAUGGCUUCACUCUUCAUCUUGUUCGUCAUCGAGAUGUGGCUUAAUGCCAAAACUGGCGGCCACAACCACGGCGGGCCAACCGGCCAAAACUUCAUUCCUUCCGAGCACUCCGUGUCUGACCCCUACACACUUCAGCCUCCGAGCCGGCCCUUCACCCGUGCCGACAGCUAUAGCUCCGAGCACACGCUCCACGGCGACGACAAAGAUGACAAAAUCACCACCGUCCGCGAGUACCCCGCCGAGCACAGAGACAGCUCCGAAAUGCCCCCCUGGUUCGUCGUCUUCUACGAGCAAUACAUCCGCCAGCGCGACGAAAUGCUCACCGUCCUCCACCGCGCCACUCCAUUCACAUCCCACAAGCACGACCUGCCAGUUCCAUCCGACCCCGAAGCCCUCGACCCCACCGCCACCGACCCGCAGGUCCUGCGGAAGAUGUCCCUCAACAUCACCCUUCUCGAAGGCGGCAUCCUGUUCCACUCCGUCUUCGUCGGCAUGACCGUCUCCAUCACCACCACCGGCUUCGUCGUCCUCCUGAUCGCCAUCCUCUUCCACCAGAUGUUCGAGGGCCUCGGGCUCGGCUCGCGCAUCGCCGCGGUGCCGUACGCAAAGGGCAGUUGGCGCCCCUGGAUCCUCGUCGUUGCAUUCGGCACCACCGCGCCCAUCGGGCAGGCGAUUGGCCUUGCGAGCCGGGGAAGCUAUGAUCCGGAUAGCGCGCUAGGGCUGAUUAUCGUGGGUGUGUUCAAUGCUAUUUCGUCUGGGCUGCUGGUUUAUGCCUCGUUGGUGGAUCUUCUUGCCGAGGACUUCUUGUCUGAGGAGGCGAGGCUGUUGUCGUAUGCGGAGAAGUGCUGGGCGUUUGUGUAUGUGUUGUUGGGCGCGGUUGGGAUGAGUGUUGUUGGUGUGUUCGCUUGA